AUGGUCGACCGCCAGCUUCACCGCGCCCGCUUGAUCUCGAGCGUGGCUGCCACUGUAAUAUCGCUGGCAUGCGGUACCAAUUAUGUCUACUCGGCGUGGGCUCCCCAGUUCGCCGACAAGCUGCAUCUUACCACGACGGAAAGUAACUUGAUCGGGCUGGCUGGCAAUCUGGGCAUGUACUCAAUGGGCGUCCCGGUCGGCCUCUUUAUCGAUCAUCGAGGGCCUCGGCCUGCCGUUAUUGCCGGCGCCCUGCUCCUGGGCCUGGGAUACUUUCCCUUUCGCUCCGCCUUUGACAGUGCCUCGGGUUCUGUGGCCCUGCUGUGCUUCUUUUCCUACCUCUCAGGGCUGGGCGGUUGCAUGGCCUUCGCCGCCUCGGUUAAGACGUCGGCGCUGAACUGGCCGCACCACCGCGGCACCGCCACGGCGUUUCCCCUGGCCGCCUUUGGCCUCAGCGCCUUCUUCUUCUCUGUCUUCGGCAGCUUCUUCUUUCCCGGCAACACGAGCGCCUUCCUCAUGGUCCUAGCUGCAGGGACCUCGGGCCUGACCUUUUUCGGCUUCUUCUUUCUCAGGGUGUUCCCCCACACAUCGUACCACACGGUCCCCAGCACGGCCGGGCUGUCCGACUCGCAGCAGCUGCGCCGGACCUCGUCCGAGGACGCGAAGGCGCCCCGUCGCGGUCGAGGCCUCCCCGACGUUGAACCUGGUAUGUCGCCCACCAAUUACACGACUCCCGUGACACUCACGCAAGGCAUGGGUGGAGCAGAGGAUGGGCUUGAUCAAGAGCCUCCCUCGACCUCCCGAGGCGGCAGCGCCACACGCCCAAUUGACGUCGAAGCCGCCCGCGCUCCCCACGCCACGGACGAGCCCGAAGACAUUGACGAAACAUCAUCCCUCAUGUCCAAGUCCUCGUCACUGCCCGGCGAUGUUUUAGUCCAGAACAGUGUUGAUAUGGAUCGUUCCCACCGUAUAGAUAUCCGUGGCUGGCGCCUGCUUAGCAAUGUCGACUUUUGGCAGCUAUUCGCCAUCAUGGGAAUCUUGGCUGGCAUCGGCUUGAUGACCAUCAACAACAUUGGGCAUGAUGUCAAUGCUCUCUGGAAGCGUUACGACGAUUCCGUGAGCGAAGCCUUUCUCAUCCAGCGGCAGCAGAUGCACGUUUCUAUUCUCUCGGUCGGCAGCUUCCUCGGCAGACUCCUUAGCGGUGUCGGGUCCGACUUCCUCGUCAAGAUCCUCGGAGCUAGCCGUGCCUGGUGUCUCGUGGUUGCAAGCUUUGUGUUCUUCAUUGCGCAGAUUUUCGCCAUCAAUAUCGCCAACCCUCACUUCCUUGGCUUUGUAUCCGGGCUCUCGGGCUUAGGCUACGGAUUUCUGUUUGGUGUCUUCCCGUCUAUCGUGGCCGAGACAUUUGGCAUCCAUGGGCUUAGCCAAAACUGGGGUUUCAUGACCUUGAGCCCCGUAAUUUCGGGCAACAUCUUCAACUUGUUUUACGGCACUGUCUUUGACAGCCAUAGCGUCGUCGGCGACGGCGGCGAACGCUCCUGCCCGGAUGGUCUCGACUGCUAUCGAAAUGCCUAUUUCGUAACACUCGGCGCCUGCGGUCUUGGUCUCCUGGUGACGCUAUCAACGAUCCGGCACCAGUAUCAACAACGACUGAAAGAGGACGGCAAAGGUCCUGCUGAAGACUAG